AUGCGCGCGGCCAAGACGACGCUGUCCCGCGCCAACUCGCUCUUCAGCAGGACGCAGACGCCGUGCUACCUGCCGCCGAGCAUCGCGGGCAACUUGCCCCACUUGACGCCAGACAACUGCAGCAAGGUCGGGGACUUGACUGCGCAGGUGGUGGACUACGCCGACAUCUCGGGCUUGGUGAAGCUGGUGUCGAAUAAGCAGCGGCCCUUCCGAGAGUUCUUGAAUGUGACCGACUGCGAGCUCGUGCUCUCCGCUAGGGACUACAUCAGUCACUCGAAUCCGCCGAGCUCCAAGGCGACGGGCUUCAUGAUCGAGACGAGCGGCGGGCGACGCACCGUUUCCGUCGAGGAUUUCAUGCAAGCGACCGAGUUGCUGCAGCCAGAGCUGGUUGUGCCGCUAGCUGACGAGAUUCCGGUUGAAAAGGGUCGGAACCGCCACCGCGCAGCUGUCCAGACCUCCUUGGACUGGUUGGACGCCUGCCAGGCUCUCAAUACUUCGGGCACGCCCAUGUGCGGAGUGGUUGUUGGCGGCAACGACCAGACGUUGCGGCGGAUGAGUGCUGGUGAAACCUGCAAGCGCGACAUCCAGGCCAUCCUGCUCAGCGGUCUGGGGGCUUGUAGCGAUAAGGCGGAGCGCUUGGAGCUGAUCGACGCCAUCGUGAGCGAGGUCACCCCGGCGUCACUUCCCCGCAUCGUCACUGGGAUCGGGCACCCGCUCGACGUGCUGGACACCGUCAAUCGCGGCAUCGACGCUUUCGUGUCGCCCUACCCUGCCACCGUCACGAAGGCGGGGUCUGCGCUCAUCUUUUGGAUCAGCGACGACGAAGACGCAGGCAGUGCAAGCGACCGCAACGCUGAGCGCGAGCGCUCGGGCGGAGUGCUGCACUUGCGCGAGAAGCGAUUCGCGACGGACUUUGGUCCGCUCAUGGCUGGGUGCGACUGCUUCGCCUGCCAGAAGUACACGAGGGCGUACAUCCACCACCUGCUGAACGUCCGCGAGAUGCUGGGCGACAUUUUGCUGUACCUGCACAACCUGCAGCACUACUACCGCUUCUUCCGCGAGAUCAGGACGUCGAUCAACACCGAACGCUUCGAGGCCUACCACGCUGAAUUCGCGAGCAGAUUCGAGGAGAAGGCCUCGACUGCACCGCCGCUUAUUAUCCCUGCGGCGAUAGAGGAACGCAAGCGCAAA